AUGCCCGGAACAAUACCGUCUGAAACAGGCCACAAGACGCACGGCUGUUUCGGCUCGCCUCACAAUGGGCACACCGUCGGUGGAACACGAGCGGGCAACUGUCGCUGGCCGUGCCAAACGCUUUGCUGGGCCCCGUCUCCCAGGCGCACCGCGGGGCACAUAUACUAUCACACCGCGCACCGACCACCCGCCGCGCACCGCGAGCCAACAUUUUGCAAAAAAUAUAUUCACGUGGAAAAAAAAUGUCCUCGUACAAACAUGUCCAUCAUUGACGGCAGAGCCAUCAGCAGCGAGUUGCGUGCGUCCAUUGCGGCUGAGAUCAGAGAUCUCAAGGCCCAGGAUCCGUCGUUUGCGCCGCGGCUCGUGAUCAUCCAGGUUGGAGACCGUCCAGACUCGUCCACCUACGUCAAGAUGAAGCUCAAGUCGUGCCAGGAGGUGGGCAUCGACGGGUCGUUGCAAAAACUCCCCGAUGACGUUUCAGAAGCAGACCUGUUGGCUCGCAUAAACGAGCUGAACGAGGACCCGUCUGUGCACGGGAUACUGGUGCAGCUCCCGCUUCCUGCUCAUUUGGACGAGGAGCGGAUCACCAACGCCGUGAAGCAGGAAAAGGACAUAGAUGGCUUCUCGGAACUCAAUCUGGCGGCCAUUUUCAAGAAAAAUGCUGCUGCAAAGUUCAUUCCGUGCACGCCAAAGGGAAUCAUGUACUUAUUGAAGCACGAGCAGGUAGAGAUCGCGGGCAAGAACGUGGUGGUUUGCGGCAGGUCGGACAUUGUCGGAGGUCCGCUCUCGAAGCUGCUGGAGAAGGCGGGCGGAACCGUUACCGUGGUCCACUCGAAAACGAGCCCAGAGCAGCUCAAGUUCUACUGUUCGAACGCAGAUAUUAUUGUCAGCGCAGUUGGCCGUGCCGGCUUCAUCACCGGCGACAUGGUCAAGCAGGGCUGUGUGAUUAUAGACGUGGGGACGAACUACGUUCCGGACGCGACGCGGAAGACGGGCCAGAGAAUGUGCGGAGACGUCGACUUUGCCUCGUGCAAAGAAAAGGCCUCGAAAAUCACCCCGGUCCCUGGCGGAGUCGGGCCCAUGACCGUGGCGAUGGUUCUGGAUAACCUGUUGGAGAGCGCCAAGCGCAGCAAGAAGGUGUAA